CAUGGCUGACCAAGGAUUGGAGGGUAGCCAACCAGUGGAUCUGACCAAGCACCCUUCUGGGAUUGUGCCUACCCUUCAAAAUAUUGUAUCAACGGUCAAUUUGGACUGUAAGUUGGAUCUUAAAACGAUUGCACUUCAAGCUCGUAAUGCAGAGUACAAUCCCAAGCGUUUCGCUGCUGUGAUUAUGAGGAUCAGAGAACCAAAAACAACUGCCCUCAUUUUUGCUUCUGGCAAGAUGGUGUGUACUGGAGCGAAGAGUGAGCAACAGUCUAAAUUGGCCGCAAGGAAGUAUGCUCGAAUUAUCCAGAAGCUUGGUUUCCCGGCCAAGUUUAAGGAUUUCAAGAUUCAGAAUAUUGUUGGCUCUUGUGAUGUCAAGUUCCCCAUAAGACUUGAGGGUCUUGCAUAUUCCCAUGGUGCUUUCUCAAGUUACGAACCAGAGCUGUUUCCGGGGCUAAUUUACCGUAUGAAGCAGCCUAAGAUAGUCUUGCUUAUAUUUGUCUCUGGGAAAAUUGUGCUAACAGGUGCCAAGGUGAGAGAUGAGACUUACACAGCAUUCGAGAACAUAUAUCCCGUGCUUACUGAGUUCAGGAAAAACCAACAAUGAUUUUUUUUCAAGGGAAGGAGCAAAGUGCCACUAAAGGAAUGAUGUUCCAUGGAAAUGUAAAUAUCAAGACAAAAGAAAAAAAAAAGGAACAUCUGGAUUGAUAUUAGUUAAGACCCAUUUGUUUUAGUUGUUUCUCUGUUUUGAAUGUUCUAGUAAAGUGAAGCACAUUGUUCUAUUCUAAUUGAAAUUUCAAAACAAAACAUGAUUUUGAAGAGGCAGAGAGGUGUGAGAGAAGUGGAAAAGAAAAAAAAAUAUCGAGGAGCUAGAAGAGAAAAGGAAAUUUUAUUUAUGUAAAAUUGCAACCACACAUUUGAUUUAGACCGUACGUAACUAUUUAUGUGAGAACAAACUUGCCUAAUUAAAUCAUUGUAACAAUUAUAAUAUUGUAAUGUGUCCAUAGCCAUAGCUUCCAUGUGGAGGCAUAUUUUUUUAA